GUGUGGGAGCAGCAGGGGGGAAGUGACGCUGCCGGACAUGUUGGGCUCCUGAUUGGUGAGCGGCUCCUCCUGGAGCUCAGCUCCGCCUAGAGAGCUCCGACCCCCGGCUCAGUCCUCGCUGCUCAUUGGAGGAAACUCGCUUGAAAAAGUCCACUCAAACUCGCGAGUGUCCCGCUCUGCCGGAAGCUUUUCUGGUUGGUUGUUUCAGAGACUCCCGCUCUCUCCGCACUCAUAUAAGACAAGCUUUCAGCCGCUGCUCUACAUUUUCCUCGAGUUUGAUCUCUAGAAAGAAGCUUCAGGAUGAGCGGAAGAGGCAAAACCGGAGGAAAGGCCAGAGCCAAGGCCAAGACUCGUUCCUCCCGCGCAGGACUGCAGUUCCCCGUGGGCCGUGUCCACAGGCUGCUGCGCAAAGGCAACUACGCGCAGCGUGUCGGUGCCGGAGCCCCAGUCUACCUGGCGGCCGUCCUGGAGUAUCUGACCGCUGAGAUCCUGGAGCUGGCUGGAAACGCUGCCCGCGACAACAAGAAGACCCGCAUCAUCCCCCGUCACCUGCAGCUGGCCGUCCGCAACGACGAGGAGCUCAACAAGCUGCUGGGUGGAGUCACCAUCGCCCAGGGUGGAGUGUUGCCCAACAUCCAGGCGGUGCUGCUGCCCAAGAAGACCGAGAAGGCCGCCAAGACCAAGUAGAGCUGCUGGCAUUGUCAACACUGCGGGACAAAGGACCACACUCAUUUGUUCAAUUAAGGGUAUUAUUCCUUUUUUCAUCUUUAAAAAGAAAAUGCUUUCUAAACUAUGAUUAUGAUAAACUACUGUGUGGGGAAACGGUUCAACAUGUGGGAAAAAAUGGGGAUUGAUUUCUGUAUUUUUCCACAUCUGCAGAAAAUAAAAUGAGCAAAAAAAACAAUUAACCAUGUUACUCCUAAAUGUCUUUAGAUUAACUUAUCCUACUAUUAUAAAUUCAAGUACUUUUUCUUUUUCCUUUCCUUUUUAUCAACCCAGGUCCUUGUCGUUAUUUUGUUCUUUCCUUCCUCAAGCUCUCUCUUGCUUCCUUCAUCCUUCCUCUCUUGAACCAUUUCCAGAGGUCCACCACCUCCUUACCCAAAGGGUCCUGAUGGUGCUCUUGACCUUUGUGCAUUAGAAUAAGAAGAAUAAGACCUGCUGGGUCUUCCAGUAUAACAUUGGCUCAAAAUGUACAUCCAUGGAAACUAAGGAGUGGCUCCACAAGAAACAUUGCUAAGUCCUGGAGUGACCCAGCCAGUUUCCAGACCUUCAACCCAUUGUAUUUGUAAUAGUAAACAUCUUCACCGUAUGUUAAGUGCCAUCUUUCCAUCAUAUAAAAUGCUUUUUAUGCAAUAAAAUGCAAACUAAAGACAGCACAAUGUAAUUUUUCAGAUUUUUUUUUAAGAUUGAAUCUUUCACCAUUGAUGAAGAUUACAAAUCUCAGAGACUUGGCAAUGUAUCAAAACAUGAUUAAUUACAUGUUUUUUCCAUUCUCAAUAAAU